AUUCCAGCUCAAGCUAAAGGCAUUAAUUUCAAAUUGAAGUAAAAUGGGAGGUGGAAAAGACAACAAUAAUGGUACUACUGACAGAGGGCUACUCUCAAGUCUUGCUGGAUUUGCUGCUGGACACAUGCCACGGCCUGGAUCGCAUUCUCAUCAAGGACACGUAUAUCCCCCACAAGCAUAUGCACCACCUGGGUACCCUCCUUCAGGUGGGUAUCCUCCUUCUACCGGGUAUCCUCCCUCAGCCGGGUAUCCUCCCCCAGCCGGGUACCCUCCCUCAGGUGGUUACCCUCCUCAAAGCGGCUACCCUCCUCAAAGCGGGUAUCCCCCAUCUGGAAAUUCUCCUACUAUGGCAUAUCCACCAGCCGGCUAUCCUGCCCCUAGUGGAUAUCCACCAGCUGGUUAUCCAGGCCCAUCAGCUCCACAUCAAUCAGGGCAUGGAUCUGGUAUGGGAAUGGGAACUAUGUUAGCCGGUGGUGCUGCUGCUGCCGCUGCAGGUUAUGGAGUUCACCAUCUUGCGCACAGUAGUGGCCAUGGAAGAGGUUCCCAUGGCUUUGGUUUUGGGGGUUCCCAUGGCUACAAACAUGGAAAAUUUGGAAAGCAUCAUGGGGGGAAGUUCAAGCAUGGGAAAUUUGGAAAGCAUCAUGGGGGAAAGUUCAAGCAUGGGAAAUUCAAAAAGCAUCAUGGGGGACUGUUCAAGAAAUGGAAGUGAUUUGCAUUGAGAGCUAAAGUUACUUCCAUUGAUUCUCUUGCUCUACAAUUGGCGUUCUUUUGUCAGUUCCAUCAGCAUUCUGCGACUCGUUUACUGUUAUAUAUUUCAAAGUAUGUAUGAUAAAUAUUUCAUUUCUAGUGCUUAAUCUUCCUACGAUGU